UCCUUCAUUUCUCAUUCUCACUUCCAUCUUCUCUUUUCACAUUCAACAAAAAUUCAAACCCCUUCCUCUAAUAUUUUCUUCAAUUCAUACGCAUUUCACAAAAAUUCCUUCCAUUUCAUGGAAAUCUCCUCUUUCCCAUUUCUUAAUCAAGAAGAAUUAUUACCCAUCUUCAAUCUCUUCUCCGAUAUGGAUAAUAAUCAUAACAACACCAACGCCACUUUCAGUGUGAAUCAAAGCCCCAAAAAACGGCGAAGAUCAGACGAAAAUGGCGACGACCACAGUCAAUUCAACAACAUUUCCUUCACUGAAAACGAUGAAGCUUUACAAAAACUCCCCUGCUGGUUCGAAUCUCAAGAAAAUUGGAUUAUGGAUUCCGAAGAACCAAAACCCAGAAACGAAUUUCAUCUCUCUGAUCAAAAUCCCACUCAAUUUUCUAAAAAACCCCGUCGUACAACGGCGGAAAAUGGUUCUCCGGCGAAAAAUCCCACCGGAGGAGGAGCUCAGCAGCGACGGCUAUGGGUGAAAGACCGAUCCAAGGAUUGGUGGGAUCAAUGCAACCAUCCAGAUUUUCCCGAUGAGGAAUUCCGACGAGCAUUUCGAAUGAGUAAAUCAACAUUCGAUAUGAUCUGUAAAGAAUUGGAUUCGACGGUGAUGAAAAAGGACACAAUGCUUCGUGUUGCGAUUCCGGUACGGCAGCGCGUCGCCGUCUGUAUAUGGCGGUUAGCCACUGGCGAGCCACUCCGAUUAGUUUCAAAGCGAUUUGGGCUUGGAAUUUCCACUUGCCAUAAAUUAGUCCUCGAGGUUUGUUCAGCAAUUCGCAAAGUUCUAAUGCCGAAAUUCCUCCAAUGGCCAGAUGAAUCAAAAUUAACCAAAAUCAAACAAGAAUUCGAGUCGAUUUCAGGAAUUCCCAAAGUGGGUGGCUCAAUUUACACAACACAUAUCCCAAUAAUCGCACCAAAAAACAACGUAGCUGCUUAUUUCAACAAACGCCACACAGAACGCAACCAAAAAACUUCAUAUUCCAUCACUGUUCAAGGCGUCGUCGAUCCCGCCGGCGUAUUCACCGACGUUUGCAUCGGAUGGCCGGGAUCGAUGCCAGACGAUCAAGUUCUUGAGAAAUCAGUCCUAUUCGAAAGAGCAAACAUGGGUUUAUUGAACGACGUCUUCAUCGUCGGAAAUUCAGGGUACCCAUUAAUGGAUUGGCUUUUAGUUCCUUAUACAGUACAAAAUUUGACAUGGACACAGCAUGGUUUUAAUGAGAAAGUUGGGGAAAUUCAGGCGGCGGCGAAGACAGCGUUUGGGCGGCUGAAAGGGCGGUGGUCAUGUCUGCAGAAAAGAACAGAGGUGAAACUGCAGGAGCUGCCGGUGGUGCUCGGAGCUUGUUGUGUUCUUCACAAUAUAUGUGAAAUUAGGAAGGAAAAAUUCGAUCCAGAUCUGAAAUUUGAGCUUUAUGACGAUGAAAUGGUGCCGGAGAAUAAUGGGUUGAGAUCGGUGAGUGCGAUUCAAGCUAGAGAUCAUAUUGCUCAUAAUCUUCUUCACCAUGGACUUGCUGGAACUGGGUUUCUUUAAGGAGAUUGAAAUUUGAUGAAGAAUGGAGAAUUUAUAUAUAUAUUUUUUGUUGAAAAGAAAUAUUUAUAUUUGUUUUUUUGGGAUAUAGAGUAUAGUUAUGUUUUUAGAAUAAGGUGACUUUGUGAGUAUACUUGUAAUUUGGAGGGAAAAAAAAUGAAGAUUUGGUAGUUUUAGGGGAUUUUCAUGGUUAGUGGUUAGUGGUUUAGUGGUAGUGUUACAUCUUGGAAAAGGGAAUUACAGGGAUGUAAUCAAGCAAUGUUUCUUUUGCAUCUUUUGAAUGGAAGAUUGCAUUUUUAUAA